UUUCAGGUUAAUCGGCUGUCUUUCGGAAUUGCACACGGAUACUGUUAAAUUUGAAUACGACAUACUCAGUAAAGUAUUGAAUACCAUCACACCAGCCAGUUACAGCAGCGUCAAUGGAACAGACAUUUAUGGUGCCAUUAAACUAAUUACAAAUGAUCCAAUUUCCGUAUCAUUGGAUAAAUUUGAAAUAAAGGAUGAUAAACUCGUUACUCCUUUCGAAAUUUAUGCCCUCGUGAAUUUCAAUAAAGUUAUAUCGUCUUGUUUAUUUAAUAUCAAAGCGGGCGAUGAUAAUAAACUAAGUCUGUGUGUUGAGAAAGUAGAUGAGAAAAUUGUUAAACUAAUCCUUAGUAGCAGCACUGUGGAUACGAAUAUACAAAUUUUGUAUGAUAUUGAAGAAAAUUCAUGGUCGAACAUACUUCUACGAGUGGAAGAGAAUAAACUCAGAUUAUACAAUAAUUGCGCCAUAUUCGAUGAACAGUUAUACAGUAGUAUAGAAAAACCACUAAAGGAAAUAGAAAUACCGAAAAACGCAAAACUGUAUCUAGGCAAGCUCGACAAGAAUGACAAACGCUUAUUCGAGGGUUCGAUACAAAGUCUGAAAAUAUUUCCGAAUCCAGAAUUUUACGGACGACGUGAUAUUUGUGAUGACGGUUUUAAACUCCCAGAUAGUAAAGACGAUUAUGCGAGCAGCCACAGUGAUGUAUAUGGCAAACCAGAGAAUCUAGAAGAAAUGUUUACGGAUUCAACUGCAAUUGAAGAUGAAUCGGAUGAUGAAAGUGAGAUUGAUAGCCUAGAAAAGGUUGAAAAGUGGGAUAAAGGUGAAAAGGGAGAUACGGGUGACAAGGGUGAAAAGGGUGACAAAGGUGAAUCUAUUACUGGUCCAAUUGGCCCACAAGGACCGCCUGGUCCAGAAGGGCCUCAAGGGUUACCCGGAAAAAAAGGCGAUGAAGGGUCGUGUCAAUGCUCUGAGAAGGUUGUAUCAAGUUUGCUUCUUACUAUGCCAGCUAUGAUAGGGCCUCCUGGAGAACCAGGACCUCGAGGUGAGGAUGGCGAACAAGGGAGACCUGGGUUAACAGGUCUAACUGGUAAGCAAGGUGAGAGAGGACCUGAGGGACUGAAAGGUGAUCAGGGCAAUCGAGGUGAAGAUGGUAUACCAGGAAGGGACGGGGAACAAGGAACUAAAGGAGAACCUGGGAAGGAUGGUAAUCCUGGACCUCCAGGACCGGUAGGUCCUAUAGGACCACCAGGUCUACCAGGGCCUGUGUGUAAGGAAAUAGAAGAGGCAAAAGUGCCAGUUGCGGGUGAAAGGGGUGAAACGGGACCAGUUGGACCGCCGGGAACGCCUGGGCUUGAUGGAAUGAAAGGAGAAAAAGGUGACCAAGGUAUGAAGGGUGAAAAGGGAGAAGAAGUGACGAAAAUUAUAACACACAGAGGACUUGACGGUGAAAUGGGCCCUCGGGGUGAAAAGGGAGACACAGGAAAAGCUGGCAAAAAUGGUAUUCCUGGAGUACCGGGUACACAUGGUCAUUCAGGAGAAAAGGGAGAAAAGGGUGAUAAAGGGGACAGAGGAGAUAUUGGACUUCCUGGGCUACCGGCAAAACUAUCUUCAAUAUUAGACACCGAUAUUGAUCCACUAGAAAAUGCGGAAAUAAUAGAAAAAUUAAGAGGGUACAAAGGUGACAGAGGCGUUGCAGGUCACAAGGGUGAUAAAGGUGAAUUAGGACCAAUUGGACCAACGGGCUUACCGGGGAGUAUUGGACCUCAAGGCCCACCGGGAGAAAGAGGGCCUCAUGGACAUAAUGGAGAAUCUGGGCCUAUAGGUCCAAGGGGGUAUAAAGGUGAACCUGGAGAGCCAGGUCCUCCAGGAAAUGUGCCAACAUCUGCUAUUAGUCUCAUGAAGGGUCCACCAGGUAAGCCAGGACCGCGUGGUCCAAUAGGUCAUACUGGAAAAAGGGGUCCAACGGGUCCUCCUGGUCCAAAAGGAGCUAAAGGUCAACGAGGUGAUACCGGAAUACAGGGUGACGCCGGACCUAAAGGCGAUGUUGGCAUUAUGGGCCCAAAAGGAGAAAAAGGCGAAGUUCCACACAUUGACGUUAAAAAGUUGAAAGGUGAAAAGGGGGAUAGAGGUGAAGCUGGCAAAUCUGGCGAACCAGGAAAACCCGGGUUACCAGGAACUUGCGAAGACUCAAAUUCAAUAAUUGUCCCUGGUCCACCUGGUCCUCCUGGACCACCUGGUCGGCCUGGCGUAUCAAUCACUGGCCCUAAGGGUGAACCUGGAGGAAUCCUUACCAGAAGUACAUUAUAUGCUUUCGGGAAUAAUAAUGGUGGUGCAGAUACUUCGAAUGAAGAUGAUGAUUUCUAUACAGCAGCAACGAUCAUUUACAAAUCAAGCACAGCUCUAUUAAAGAGAACUUCGAUUACUCCACUGGGAACUUUGGCUUAUAUUUUAGAAGAAAAUAUUUUGUUGAUGAGAGUUGAGAACGGAUGGCAAUACAUUAUAAUGGGCUCAUUCCUUCAGACUAGAGAAAGUCAUACAAGUACUACCCAGAGGCCAAAAUAUUACAACCCGCCAGCAACAUCCACAUCGCCACCGCUAAGAGACGCUCCAUAUACAGACAAUUAUAUACGACUAGUCGCAUUAAAUGAACCCUAUCCAGGUAAUAUGGUAACUUCGAUAAACAGAACAGGCCGAAGCGCUGCCGAUCAAGAAUGUUACAAUCAAGCAAAGAAUUCGCAACAACCAAGUUCCUUCGUAGCUUUCCUUGCCAAUAAGGUUGAAGAUCUCAGAUCUAUAGUUAAAAGGUUGCGCGACAGGAACGUUCCGGUAGUUAAUUUGUACGGAGACGUACUCUUUGAUUCGUGGUCCAAUAUGUUUAAUGGAUCCGGUGCACUGCUGGCCAAGUCAAACAUUUACAGUUUCAGCGGUAAAAAUGUACUGAUCGAUCCCACUUGGCCAAUCAAAGCGGUCUGGCACGGAGGUAAUUCGUUUGGUAUUCGUACACCAAGAACGUAUUGUGAAGAAUGGCAGAGCGACAGCCCGCUUAGUAUUGGAGCGGCUUCGUCACUAAAGAGCAAUAGACUUUUAGAACAAGAGCAAUAUUCUUGUGACAAUAAGUUAAUUGUUCUAUGUGUAGAGGCUACUACUAACGCACACAGGCAUAUCAGGCAUGCUCACCCAAAAUCAAGAAGACGAUUAGAAAAUUACGAAAAAUUUGACAACCGAAUACCACGCUUAUAGUAUAGUAUUUUUAUGAAUAUUUAAUAAGGUUUAUACUUUUUAUGCAACUGAGUGUAAACGUAACGUAACGUAAUCAUAACGUAGUCAUUGAAGUGUAGUAUUAUAGGCGUAAGUUUUUUGAAGUAUUUAUGAAGUGAAACUUAUUUUGAAAUAAGAAAUAAUGUAAUAUUAUAUAAUGAAAACGCUUACUUAAUUUACGUUAUUAUAUCAUACUCAGUUCAUUAAGCUAAUAUUAUUAAAAAACAGUCGUUUUUACUUAUUAAGUAUUUAUUACGGACAAGUUUUAAAUGAAUUAGAAAUAAACUUGCGUUCAUAUUAAUCAAAACUGUUCAAUAUUAAAGAAAUCUUUCGUUUUGUCUAAAUGCGUAUUAAUAUAACAUAUUGCGUUCUUUAAAAGAUAAAAUACAAUAAUUUUAAAAUAAGGUUUGACUGUCUCAUGUUCGCAAGUGUGGACGCGUCUUUACAAAUAUCCGACAACAAUUCAUUAUCUAUUUUAAGGUUUUGCAGUUAUACUACUUUUUAAAUUAAUAAUUAUAAAUAAUUAAUUUCGAAUGUCAAUCAUCAACGCUUAAAUAAAUUCUAAAACAAAUUGAUUAAUUGUUCGAUUGUUUUGAAAAAAAUGUUAUAGGCAAACGAGCAAUAGGCUCACCUGAUGGAAAGUGAUUAAUACCGCCUAAGGACAUCUGCAACAACGGAUGGCUUGCAUGAAUGAGUACGCUCUUUUCUUGAAGGUUCCCAAGUCGUAUCGGUUCGGUAAAACCGUCGGCGAAAGCUGGUUCCGCAAAGUGGUUGUGCGAGGCAGAAAAUGUUUUAAAAAUUGCGUUGUUGUGGAUUCGGACAUCUGGGUGGUGCGGGCGAUACUUGGAAUUUUGACGAUACUUCCAAAGGUGAAAUUCAGCAGCCGGGAUUAAUUCAAACAAUUUCUUAAAACAUACCCCGUGAAAAAUUCGGUAGAAGAUGCCGAGUAAUCCAACAUCUCUACGCAAAGCCAAAGGAUCAAGCAGAUCAGAAAGGGCUUGAUCGUCGAUAAUUCGAGCCGCUCUGCGUCGGUCAAAUGGAAGGAACUGGUACUGGGGAGCACCCGCCCAGAGGUGAGAGCAGUACUCCAUGUGAGCCCGAAUUUGCGCCUUGUAUAGUCUUAGACGAUGGGCCGACGUAAAAUACUAUCUUUCCUUGCUGAGCACUCCGAGCUUUUUUGAUGCCAGUCUGGCUUUACCUUUCAAUUGACCUCGAAACUGAACGAAGCUCGAAACAUCAACGCCAAAAAUCCUCAUACUAGUACUAGCUGUGGCGGUUAUCGGAAUGUUCACAAAUCGAGAAGAUACAUGGUAAUUUACUAGCGUCUUUUUGGGGUUGAAGUGGACUAGGUUUAGCUGGCCCUAUAGAUUCGCGGAUGGUUGUCGCAGGUAGACUGCGCAGGCGCAGUCUACCUACGCAACCAGGUAAUCUUCAAGGUUAGGCCCUUCAAAGUUACCGAGGCGUCGAGAGCACAUAUCAUCUCUGACGUAAACGUACACCCCAUCUCUUGGUACAAACGAAUGUUCCAAUUUGUACCCUGAGUAAAAAAUCAAAAUGGUGUGGUGUUUGAAAGGAUACAGAUAUCCUCUCCUCUUUUUUAAAAAACGCAAUUCAAGGCCGGCUUCGCUUCUCAAGGUGAAAGUGAACGGCGUUCAAGUUGUGUCCCCUCAUGUUGCAGAAGUCACAGCAAAGCUAUGCUGGUAGGGGUUGCCUUAUCAUGCCAGCUCCGCUUGCCCCGAACAGAGGCAUGCGCAAAAUUAACCCCACCCGCCUCCCGCCCCAGUAUUCGGAGGGCAGCCUAGGCAUCCCUGCUCAAGUGUACUGCAUAGGCUGUACGUCCUGAGCAUGGAUGCCCUGAGAGGGAUUCUCCACCGUAAUCGCUGAUGGGUACCAUCUAGCCUGAGGUAAUAUAGCCAAAUUCUGCACAACCCUCAUGUUUUGGGGGGUGGGGAUCGGACCUCCGGGACUCUCACAUACCGGACAAAACGCGGUAUUAUAGUACCACUUUACACCGAUUUUAAGUGAGAGAGUGGUACAUCGGCUACAUACGACUGCAUCCCCAAGGUAUGCGUAGCGUAACACUGCCCCUGUAAUUACAAAAUUUAAUUCAUAUCUCUUUUUAUUUAUUUUUUUGUGUUUACUAUUUUUGUAAUACCUAUAACAAUCAUAAUUUAAGGUUUUCGUAUUAAUAAGUUUUAUUUUCUAUUUUUUACUUUAUCACUGUUCCUAUUCAAAUACCUUAGCAACUCUAAGCUUUAUGUAUUUUUACGUCCGUAAAACACAGACUUAAUACUAUGAGAAACCUAUUUUUUUUUUUAAAUAUAUUGUAAUUAUAGAACCCUAUUAGAGGGGAGUCUAUAUCUAAAAAUAUAAAACAACAAUAUUAGCUAUGAAAAGGCUUAGAACCGAGAAUGAAAGAUCAAUGAUGAACUGUCAAAUUUCAGAUUUUUAUUUGUCCAAGUCGAUUUCCCUCGCUAACAGAAGUAUAGGAAUAGAUUAUAAUGAAACUUGUUUAUCUGAAAAUGAAUUUUCACAGAGAAACAGGAUGCUGAAAUAAUUAGAAAUUGAAAUUGUACGAGCUGUUACUAUUAAGCGUUAUUAUAAUUAGAUAGGAUUCCUAACAACUUGUAGGUGCCAUAAAUGUUUUUUUACGAUUAAAUU